GUGGUUCCAGGGAGAAACUUUGCCAGGACCCACAUAUGGGCACAGCUGUUUUCCCUGAUCAGGAUCUUUGCAGCACCCAACAGGGAAAGGACAUUCCUAAGCAAGAAACACUGCUCAGGAAGUACUGCACCAUGUCUCCAGGUCCCUGAGAAUCAAGUCAGAAAACUGGAAGCAACGGAAAGCACUAUAAGCGCAAUGGCGGCGGCCGCGGCGGAGCAGCAACAGUUCUACCUGCUCCUGGGAAACCUGCUCAGCCCCGACAAUGUGGUCCGGAAACAGGCAGAGGAAACCUACGAGAAUAUCCCAGGCCAGUCAAAGAUCACAUUCCUCUUACAAGCCAUCAGAAAUACAACAGCUGCUGAGGAGGCUAGACAAAUGGCUGCCGUUCUCCUAAGACGUCUUUUGUCCUCUGCAUUUGAUGAAGUCUAUCCAACUCUUCCUUCUGAUGUUCAGACUGCCAUCAAGAGUGAGCUACUGAUGAUUAUUCAAAUGGAAACCCAGUCUAGCAUGAGGAAAAAAAUCUGUGAUAUUGCUGCAGAACUGGCCAGGAAUUUAAUAGAUGAGGAUGGCAACAACCAGUGGCCCGAAGGUUUGAAGUUCCUUUUUGAUUCAGUCAGCUCUCAAAAUAUGGGACUGCGGGAAGCUGCCCUUCACAUUUUCUGGAACUUUCCUGGAAUUUUUGGGAACCAACAGCAGCACUAUUUAGACGUUAUCAAACGGAUGUUAGUUCAGUGUAUGCAAGAUCAGGAACAUCCAUCGAUCAGGACAUUAUCUGCUAGAGCUACAGCUGCAUUUAUACUUGCAAAUGAGCAUAAUGUUGCUCUAUUCAAACAUUUUGCAGACUUGUUACCCGGAUUCUUACAGGCUGUGAAUGACUCAUGCUACCAGAAUGACGAUUCUGUCUUAAAGUCCCUCGUUGAGAUUGCAGAUACCGUUCCAAAGUAUUUGCGUCCUCAUUUAGAAGCUACUUUACAGCUAAGUCUAAAGUUGUGUGGAGACACCAGCCUCAAUAAUAUGCAACGCCAGCUCGCCCUUGAAGUAAUCGUGACCCUCUCUGAGACUGCAGCUGCUAUGUUAAGAAAACAUACCAAUAUUGUUGCACAGACUAUUCCUCAGAUGUUAGCGAUGAUGGUUGAUCUUGAAGAGGACGAGGACUGGGCGAAUGCAGAUGAGCUGGAAGAUGAUGACUUUGACAGCAAUGCGGUUGCUGGUGAGAGCGCUCUGGACCGAAUGGCCUGUGGACUUGGUGGGAAGCUGGUGCUGCCGAUGAUCAAGGAACACAUUAUGCAGAUGCUCCAAAAUCCUGACUGGAAAUACCGGCAUGCAGGAUUAAUGGCCUUAUCUGCCAUUGGUGAAGGAUGCCACCAGCAAAUGGAAGGAAUUUUAAAUGAGAUAGUAAAUUUUGUUUUGCUUUUUCUUCAGGAUCCUCAUCCAAGAGUAAGGUACGCAGCCUGUAAUGCCGUGGGACAGAUGGCUACAGAUUUUGCACCUGGCUUCCAAAAGAAAUUUCAUGAGAAGGUGAUCGCGGCCCUGUUGCAGACCAUGGAGGACCAGGGCAAUCAGCGAGUGCAGGCCCAUGCUGCUGCCGCUCUGAUCAACUUCACUGAGGACUGUCCCAAGUCACUGCUUAUUCCAUAUUUAGACAAUUUGGUGAAACAUCUACAUUCCAUCAUGGUACUUAAACUUCAAGAGUUGAUUCAGAAAGGCACCAAGUUAGUUCUGGAACAAGUUGUGACAUCUAUCGCAUCAGUUGCAGAUACCGCAGAGGAAAAAUUUGUCCCCUACUAUGACUUAUUUAUGCCAUCACUAAAGCACAUCGUCGAGAACGCAGUUCAGAAGGAACUCCGACUUCUCAGAGGAAAAACUAUUGAGUGCAUCAGCCUCAUUGGUCUAGCUGUUGGGAAGGAAAAAUUCAUGCAAGAUGCAUCAGAUGUGAUGCAGCUCUUGUUGAAGACCCAGACGGACUUUAGCGAUAUGGAAGAUGAUGAUCCCCAGAUCUCUUACAUGAUCUCAGCAUGGGCCAGAAUGUGCAAAAUUCUUGGAAAAGAAUUUCAGCAGUACCUUCCAGUGGUUAUGGGGCCUUUAAUGAAGACCGCUUCAAUUAAGCCUGAAGUAGCCCUUUUAGAUACCCAAGACAUGGAAAACAUGAGUGAUGAUGACGGUUGGGAGUUUGUGAACCUUGGAGAUCAGCAAAGUUUUGGUAUUAAAACUGCAGGACUGGAAGAAAAGUCCACUGCUUGUCAGAUGCUGGUUUGCUAUGCUAAAGAGUUAAAGGAAGGCUUUGUGGAAUACACUGAACAAGUUGUCAAACUGAUGGUCCCUCUACUGAAAUUUUAUUUCCAUGAUGGUGUUCGAGUGGCGGCAGCAGAAUCCAUGCCUCUUCUCCUGGAAUGUGCGAGAGUUCGUGGUCCUGAGUAUCUCACACAGAUGUGGCAUUUUAUGUGUGAUGCUCUAAUCAAGGCCAUUGGCACAGAACCAGACUCAGAUGUCCUCUCAGAAAUAAUGCAUUCUUUUGCAAAGUGCAUUGAAGUAAUGGGAGAUGGAUGCCUUAAUAAUGAACAUUUUGAAGAAUUGGGAGGCAUAUUGAAAGCUAAACUCGAAGAACAUUUUAAAAAUCAAGAAUUACGGCAAGUUAAAAGACAAGAUGAAGACUAUGAUGAACAGGUGGAAGAGUCACUACAAGAUGAGGAUGAUAACGAUGUUUAUAUUCUGACCAAAGUGUCAGACAUUUUACACUCAAUAUUCAGUAGCUACAAGGAAAAGGUGUUACCAUGGUUUGAACAGCUGCUCCCGUUAAUUGUCAACCUAAUUUGUCCACAUAGACCAUGGCCAGACAGACAAUGGGGAUUGUGCAUCUUUGAUGAUGUCAUAGAGCACUGUAGUCCAGCCUCUUUUAAAUACGCAGAAUAUUUUUUAAGGCCGAUGCUCCAAUAUGUGUGCGACAGCAGCCCCGAAGUGAGGCAAGCAGCUGCGUAUGGCCUGGGUGUCAUGGCACAGUACGGUGGAGAGAACUACCGGCCUUUCUGUACAGAAGCACUUCCACUGCUGGUAAGAGUUAUUCAGUCUGCUGAUUCUAAGACCAAAGAAAACGUCAAUGCCACAGAGAACUGCAUCUCAGCAGUGGGGAAGAUUAUGAAGUUCAAGCCUGACUGUGUGAACGUGGAAGAAGUCCUGCCUCACUGGUUGUCUUGGCUUCCACUUCAUGAGGAUAAAGAAGAAGCUGUUCAGACUUUCAAUUAUCUGUGUGACUUGAUCGAAAGUAAUCACCCGAUCGUUCUUGGCCCCAACAAUACCAAUCUGCCCAAAAUAUUCAGUAUAAUUGCAGAAGGAGAAAUGCAUGAGGCAAUUAAACAUGAAGAUCCUUGUGCCAAACGUCUGGCUAAUGUAGUCCGCCAAGUACAGACUUCUGGAGGAUUGUGGACUGAGUGCAUAGCACAGCUCAGUCCCGAGCAGCAGGCAGCCAUACAGGAGCUCCUGAACUCUGCUUGAAGGGCCUUAAUAUCACCACCAGAAAACUAACUCCAAAUAAACGUUUACCCUUUUGUUUA